CGCGUCGAGACGCGCGAGCUGUGAGGAGGAGCAGGUGAUCAGUUGCUAUGGCAGCUUCCACGACAUUAACAGUAAAUUAUACUAGAAUACAGACAUUAACAUCAUAUUUCCAGCAUUGUCGAUCAAAAAGAUGGAUAAAUCAGAAAACAGUCAACCGGAGAAGCCCUUUUUGUCAGUCACUGAAAAGUGUAUUGUUAUAUGUGUGUUAUGUUUGUCAUAUAGACAUGCUGCCACUGUGGUCUCAGGGACAGAACUUGCUCAGCAGAUCCAUAAAGAAGUCCAGAGUGAUAUAGCCAAACUAGUGGCCCAAGGCAACAGGAGACCACAUCUGAGUGUCAUCCUGGUGGGAGAUGAUCAUGCCAGCCACACUUACAUGAGAAACAAAGCCCGAGCAGCUUCACUGCUUGGCAUGUCAAGCAGCACAAUCUUCAGGCCUUCAUCAGUAUCUCAGGAAGAGAUGCUGGAACUGAUAGACAAAUUCAACAGAGACAGAAGCAUCAGUGGGCUGCUGGUCCAACUCCCUCUUCCAGAGCACUUCAGCGAGAGAGCCAUAUGCAAUGCUGUCGCCCCAGAAAAAGACGUUGAUGGAUUCCACAUAGUAAACAUUGGAAAACUCUGCUUGGACCAGAGGUGCAUGGUGCCAGCCACAGCAGCGGCAGUGUGGGAAAUCAUCAGAAGAACGGGCAUUGAAACUGUUGGAAAAAAUGUGCUUGUCGUUGGGCACUCCAAGAAUGUAGGAAUGCCUAUCGCAAUGCUCCUGCAUUCGGAUAGAAACCAUGAACGACCAGGAGGUGAUGCCACGGUUGUGAUGGCUCAUAGAUGCACUCCUCUACCACGACUGAAGGAACUUGCCAGUCUGGCUGACAUAGUGAUUGCGGCUGCAGGUGUACCUCACUUAAUAACGGCAGAUAUAUUAAAAGAGGGAGCUGCAGUUAUUGAUGUCGGCAUCAACCGCAUGCAGGACCCUGUCACUGGUAAACUUCGUCUUGUUGGAGAUGUGGAUUUUGAAGCUGUGAAGGAGAAGGCUGGAUUCAUCUCUCCUGUGCCUGGAGGAGUCGGCCCAAUGGCCGUCGCCAUGGUAAUGAAAAACACAGUCACUGCUGCCAAAAAUGCUCCAACAUACUGAACAAACACAAAACCUGCCAUUAUGGGUGGACAAGAUACAAGCACUUCAUCCUGGAUACUUCAAUUUGCACUAUUAGUCUGUUACUUGAUUAUAAACGCAAGCCCCUGCAAGCUUCCUCUACAACAUCCUUCCCUGCCCGUCGGCAAGCUGUAACAGGCUGUUCUAACUGGCACGGCAGCCAUGCAUGUCUAUGACGGUAACUGCACCCUAAUUAUUUUCUUAAAAAUUAGAGAGAUGCCUCCUCACUGAUUUUAAGUAGCUACUUGCUACAGUGCUACAGUAUUAUUAUUUUGUCGGAGCUGAGAAAAUAAGGUGCAAGUGUAACAUUACCUCCCUGAAAAUGCAUGAGUGAAGCCGGAAGUCUUAGUUGCAUCAUCCUCAAAGAGAGUUUCGGUACGACUUGACUGGCUGCUCAACAGGUGGCCUCAUGGCAUGGUAAUAGAUGGUUCUCAGAUAUCUGACAGAUGAAUCUGUUGACGCUGAGACAAAUGGGACGUUAAUACAUUUUCUCAGGAAUUCUUUUAAAAGUGUAGUUUAAAAAAAAAAAAAAAAAAAAAAAAUACAAGGAUGCUGCUGUAUUUAAUAUUUAUUUAUUCAGCUACCUAUUUAAGGUAUUAUUUAUGCAUUGUUUAUAAUACAUAAAUGUGUUUUUGUUUAAAAAAAAUCCUAGUUUUGGUAUAAAUAACUUGUAUGUAUGAUUUUUAGCCCCAUGAAGUAUUUAAUAUAAUUUUUCUGCUUUAUUUAUUAGUGUGAUUUAUAGCACAUUCUUGAAAUUUUUUUG